AUGACGAAGACCAAAGAAGUGAUAAACGUAGAAGAAAGAAUGAUCCAAAAGACCAGGGGAGAACGCGAGAAGGAGAACGAAGAAACUUGGCAAGAGAUUCGAAGAAGAAGUCAGACCACUGUCUCGCCUCCGGCCUUCUUCAAUCUCCUUGCCGCCAUUGCUAGCCACAUCCCUCACUUAGAACUCCGCCGAUUCAAUCUCUCCUCUCACCAUUGUGUUGUCUCUUUUCUGCCUCUUGCCUCUGCGCUUCUACAUCUCGCCGUGUCUCCUUCCCUCCUUGUCACAGGUUUCACCGCAUUGCCCCUCCCUCACCGUUUUGGACUCGCCGUCAAUGUGGGUGCCUCAUUUUUUUUUGCCGUCGAUUGCUAUUAUUCCUUCAUUAAGAACCGUUGCUUCUGCUCCUCCUUCUCUCUCGAAGGGUUCGGCUACGGAAGUCCAAAUCCAUCGUCAUCCAGAUUCGCCGGCGGCUUCAAGCUUCGACGGCGCUUCCCUCCACAUCCUCUCUCUAGCAACGUCGUUCAUCCUUUCCACAGAGAACAUUACAGUGGUAUUGAUGUUGAUGAUAACUCUAAAAGAAAGGAUUGGACAAAAGUAGUGAUAGAGAAAAAUGAUGGGGAUAAAAUUGAUAUUUUAGUCAUUCCCGUUUCCGUUUCUACUUCCGUGCCUGGUGGAGCUGGAAUUCAUGGAAUCGCCGUGGAAGAUCGUGAAAUCGUGCAAUCGUGCCGUCUCCACCAGAAGAAGAGGAUUUGCGGGUUUAAUAUGGCUUCAAAUGCGGAUAAUGAUAAAAAUAAUACUGGAGUUGAAACUGAUCGUGGUUGUGCAUCCAAAAAGAUUGCUAAAAAUACUGCAGGAAAUAGGAGUGACAAAGCUUGGAAGCAUGGAAUUUCGGUUGAUGGAGAUGCCAAAAAAAUAAAAUGCAAGUAUUGUGAUAAGGUGGUGACAGGAGGAGUAUAUAGGUUGAAACAUCAUUUGGCAGGAACAAAAAAAGAUGUUGAACCUUGCAUGGGUGUUUCUGAUGAGGUUAAAAAGGAUAUGUUUGAUAUUGUUGUUGGUUUGCAAAAAAAUUUAGUUAAGAAGACAAGAGAAUUUGAAGAAAAGAUACAAAGAAGGUCUGAAGAAUACCAUAACAUGUUUGAGAAGGUUGCCCGCCAUGGAUUAGGAUUCAAGCCACCUUCUUAUGAUGAGUUAAGAGGAAAAUUAUUGAAGAAGAAGGUAGAGUCAACCAAACUAACAUUAGAAGAACAUAAAGCUGAAUGGAAGAAAACUGGAUGCACUAUUAUGACAGAUGGUUGGACGGAUAAAAGAAGGAGAACUAUUCUCAACUUUCUUGUGAAUAGUCCUAAGGGAACUGUUUUCUUGAAAUCCAUUAAUGCUUCUGAUAUAUGCAAAACAGCUGAAAAGAUAUUCAAGAUGAUUGAUGAAGUUGUAGAGGAAGUGGGAGAAGAGAAUGUGGUUCAAGUUGUAACUGAUAAUGCAGCUAACUACAAAAAGGCAGGACAAAUGUUAAUGGAAAAGAGAAAGAAUCUUUAUUGGACUCCUUGUGCUGCUCAUUGCAUUGAUUUGAUGCUUGAAGAUUUUGAGAAGAAGCUAGAUCUUCACAAAGACACCAUUGCCAAAGGAAGAAAGCUAACUACUUACAUAUAUUCUAGGACUUCUCUAAUUUCCCUUUUACAACAGCAUACCAAAGGAAGAGAUUUGGUGAGACCAGGUAUGACGCGAUUUGCUACGUCCUACCUUACUUUGGGUAGUCUUAAUGAGAAGAAGAAUCCAAUAAUUAGAAUGUUCAUCUCGGAUGAAUGGAAGGAAAGCAAGUGCUCAAAGACAAGAGAUGGGAAAAACAUUGAAAAUAUUGUUUUGGAUAAAACAUUUUGGGGAAACAUUAUCCAUUGCUUGAGAGGUGCUUAUCCUCUUCUUCAUGUGCUUCGUAUAGUGGAUUCAGAGGGUAAGGCAGCUAUGGGAUAUAUGUAUUCUGAAAUUGAUCGUGCUAAAGAAAAGAUUAAAGAUGCUUUUCAAAGUGUUGAACUAAGUUAUAAACCUUUGUGGGAUAUUAUUGAUGCAAGAUGGGACAAGCAACUCUUUAGGCCUUUGCAUGCUGCAGGAUAUUAUUUGAAUCCACAAAUUCAUUAUAGUCCUAAUUUUAAGGUUGAGUAUGAUGUUAAAAAAGGACUUUAUGAUUGUUUGGAUAUACUUGUGAGAGAUCCUGCACUCAUUACAAUUAUUGAUAGUCAACUUGAAGAUUUCAAGAGUAAGGCUAAAUUUUUUGGUAGAGAUGUUGCCAAGAAUGCUCUCAAAACUAAAACACCCUCACAAUGGUGGGAUUCUUAUGGAGAUGAACAUCCAGAACUUCAAAAGUUUGCUAUCCGUGUCUUAAGUUUGACUUGUAGUUCAUCAGGAUGUGAGCGCAAUUGGAGUGCUUUUGAGAUGGUUCACACGAAAAGAAGAAAUCGUUUGAAGACAAGCACAAUGAAUGAUGUUGUUUUUGUGAUGACUAAUUCAAGAUUGGCAAGGAAGAAGCCAUCAAGAAAUACUGCUGAUUAUAGCCUUGAAGACUUGGAUUCAGAUGAAGAAUGGAUUGUGGAAGAUGAAAAUAUAAUGGAAAAUAUGGAAGAAUUUGACACACAAAAUGAUGUAAACUUAGCCCCUCAAGAAGAUAGAGGUAAAGAUGGGGGUCCUUUGAUUGAUUUGGAGAUUCCUCUUUUUGAUGAUGAUGCUUUCAAUGAGCUUCUCAACUUUUCUCCUAAUGAAAAUCAAAAUGUUGGAGAACAUGAUGAUCAUGACGUUAAUAAAUUGCUUUAG